UGUUUGAGUUUGUCCAAGGGGAGUUGCCGUACUUCUGCACAGCUCUUCUUCCAUGUGCAGUUGGGCGAAACAAACGCGCUGAAACUCAAUUCAUCGGCCCGGUUUCGUGCUGAACGUACCGAAGCCUCGUCGCGGGACUUCCCAUCGCUACUUUGCUGGAGCAAAACACACUUGAUGAACACUUCGUGUCCGCCGAAGUCGUCUUGGAGCACGUUGAAGAUUCUCCGCUUAGCUUAGCUUAGCUUCGCUUGCUAGCUAGCUAGCCGCUGACGAGGAGACGCGUUUGUUAUCAGCGCGUCUUUAAACGCACAUCGAGCCCGAGUGUGAAGUGUUGUGAUUAUCGUGGGGCAAUGUGUGAUAAAAGUGUCAAAGAAGAAGAGCACGAGGAGGAACUUUGUGCAUCGAUAGAGGAGCACGCACGACAACGGCAAAGACUGGACUCCGAGUUCGAGAAGCCUCGAGACGUGUUGCGCCGAGCAGAUGAAGAAUAUUUUCAUCCUCAGCAGCAGGAGCCGGCGUCCUCGCACAUUAAGGAGGAGGAGGAGGAGGAGGCGGAGGCCCCUUAACAUUAAAGAAGAGGAGGAGGACGAUAUCACCAAGUUGCAAUUGACGGUCGUCGUUUUGAAGAGUGAAGGUGACGAAGACGAAGACGACAGCGAGAAGACUGCGGGGAGCGGCGGCCCGAGUCAACACGUGACAACCGAAGGUGACGGAGCCCCGUGUGAACAAUCCCAAGCAGAUGGCCUCAUGGCGCCGCUAUCCGAUAGCGACGACAUCACGUCGCACUCUUCUUUCGCUGAUGAGGGUGAUGAUGAAGAAUCUUCAACAAGUCGCAUCGAAACACACACGGGAGAAAAAGCGUUUGCCUGUUCAGUGUGUGCUCAAAGAUUCUCGGAAAAGCGAAACUUGAGAAAACACGCAAAAACGCACACUAGAGCGAAGCUUUUUGCAUGCUCAGUUUGCGCUCAAACAUUCGCUCGGAAGGGACAUUUGAACGCACACACGAGAACACACACUGGGGAGAAACCUUUCGUCUGCUCAGUUUGUGGUCAAAGAUUCUCGGUGAAGGCAAACUUAAAGACACACACGCGAACACACACUGGGGAGAAACCGUUUUCCUGUUCAGUUUGUGGCAAAAGAUUUACCGAGAAAGGACAUUUGAACACACACACGCGAACACACACUGGGGAGAAACCGUUUCCCUGUUCAGUUUGUGGCAAAAGAUUUACCGAGAAAGGACAUUUGAACACACACGCAAGAACACACACUGGGGAGAAACCGUUUCCUUGCCUAGUUUGCGGGAAAAUAUUCUCUCGGAAGGCAUAUUUAAAUAUACACGUAAGAGCACACACUGGUGAGAAACCGUUCGUCUGCUCAGUUUGCGGUCAAAGAUUCGCCGUGAAGGGAAACUUAAAAACACACACACGAACACACACUGGCGAGAAACCGUUUUCCUGUUCAGUUUGUGGGAAGCGAUUUGCCGAGAGAGGACAUUUGAACACGCACGCAAGGACGCACACUGGGGAGAAACCUUUCGCCUGCUUAGUCUGCGGGAAAAUAUUUACUCGGAAGGCAUCUUUAAAGAUACACGCGAGAGCGCACACUGAAGAGAAAACUUUGUAAUCUUUUCAAAAGCAGUUCAGGCAGGCAGUACGACUUGAUAUGACGGUUUAUGAUUUGAUUGAUGUUUUUUUCUGUUAUGAACUGUAGAGUAUGAUUCUGUCAUUUGUAUAUGUAUGAAUGCAUUUGAACUCAUUAAAUACUGUAAGUCUUCUCUGCGUGAAGUGCUGUAGCAAUCAAAUGGACUUAGUCGCAUCCGCUUGUGCAGUGUAAAAUGUUACUUCUUCAUCCUGAGGAGCAGGAGGAGAUCUUCAGGGUGGAGGAAGACUUUGACAAGACGCACGAGAAGCCAAAUUAGUGGAAAACCAGUCAGUUGCGGUGUGUGUGUGUGUGUGUGAUCAAAAAGAUUCCAUGAGAAGUUAUCAGGUUAAGAAACACAAGUGUGUUGGUGAGAAGUGCGUCAAUAAAUUGCUUGAAUUCGUUGUAGUGAAACUUUCUCCUUUUCGUGAGAUGUGAAAGUGUAUGCAGGUUUGUGAUCCUGAAUAAAAUACACCUUACACCUUUUCAAGCAGUGAUGGUGUUCAGUUUCUUUCUUUUGUUUUAGGUUCAUUUGUAAACACUUUGGAUUUGCCCUUAA